AUUUUUCAAGAACGCAAAUAUAGUUGUAUGACGACGGUAGGCGUAAGUAUAUACGCACAUGUUAUUACUUAUAGAUAAAUAGCUCAAAUUGUGAUAAUAAACACCACGAUAUUUAAGGUAUUGAUUAUGCUCUUGUAUCUUUAUUUUAAAAUGUACAUUUGUUAUUCCCUAUUUUAUUUUAUUUCCGUGUAUGUUUUAGAGCUUAGUUUAAUAUUAAUAUCUAUACUUGAUAAAACGACCCCCCAAAAUGCGAGAAAUAGUUCACUUACAAUUUGGUCAGUGUGGCAGCAAGAUUGGAACUGAGUUCUGGGAAGGAAUAUGUAAAGAACAUGGCAUCGGUACAACGGGUCACUACGAAGGAGACAACGACCAUCAACUUGAACGUAUUAAUACGUACUUUGACAAUGUGCAGGGGUCAAAAUAUGUCCCACGUGCCGUACUCGUUGAUAUGGAUGCUGAUGAAAUGAACUUCUUAAAGUCAAAUCCAAUUGGCCAAGUUAUGAGAGCAGAAAAUCUAGUUUUCUGUGGUCAAAAAACUGGUAACAAUUGGGCAAAAGGUUUCUAUACCGACGGCGCAGUAACUAUGGAGGCAGUUUUAAAAGCUGUUCGUAAAGAGGUCGAAAGUUGUGAUUUUGCUCAAGGUUUUCAGAUUAUGCAUUCGCUAGGUGGCGGUACAGGGUCGGGCAUGGGAUGUCUUAUGUUGCAGAAAUUAAAGGACGAAUACCCAGGAAAAAUUUUCACUACAUACACUGUUUUUCCUUCACAAACGUCUUCUUAUUCUGUCAACGAGCCUUACAACGUUCUUCUUUCUAUGCCGCACUUGAUUGAAAACAGUACCGAGACAUUCUGUAUUGAUAACGAAGCCCUUUUCAAUACCUGCAUGCGUUUAACUGGAAACUCAACCAUUCCUGCCAUGAACAAAUUAGUAGGACCCGUCAUCUGCGGAAUUACGGCCCCAUUUAGAUUCCCAGGUCGUUUGAACGCCAACCUUCGAAAGUUAGCAGUCAACCUGGUUCCCCUACCCCGCCUGCAUUUCCUUACACCAGGAUAUGCUCCGUUUUUCGAAGGUGAAACACAUUCCAACCUCACAGUAGCACAGCUAACACAACAAGUUCUUGACGAUAAAAAUAUGUUGGUAUUAUGUGCACCAAGUACUGGAAAAUAUUUAGGUCUCUCCGCUGUAUAUCGAGGCAAGCUAUCGCAGAAAGAAGUUAACGAACAGAUGUACAACAUGCAAAUUACUAACAGUACACAGUUUCUAAAAUGGAUUCCUGACAAUUUAAAGUCGUCUGUCAAUACAUUCCCGCCAAAAGGUGUUAACGCCUCCGCAACAAUCAUAGCGAACACUACAUCCGUCAAGGAGCUGUUCAUUCGAAUAUAUCAACAAGUUAAGAAAAUGAUCAAGUACGGUACUUUUCUUCACUUCUACACACAGGAGGGAAUGGACAAAAAAGAAUUUGAAGAUGCCCUAAAUAGCGUGUCAGAUUUAAUCAAUGAAUACCAACAAUGUUAGAACACCACAGUUAAGCCUAUGUAUAAUACAUGA